AUGUUGUCCAAACGUGCCGAGAAGAGUUUGGGAAUGCCGAAUCUGCUAUAUACUUCAUGGAAAAAACAACAAGACAACCCUUAUGAUGCAGAGGCAAACCCAACAGGUAUUAUAAAUCUGGGUACUGCAGAAAAUAACAUCAUCUAUGACAUCAUCAACAAGAAAUUGAGCGAAAUUAACUUGGGAAAAAUGGAAGAGUCCUAUACGCACUAUUGUAAGUUUACUGGUAUGGACGUAUUUCGAACUUCUUUGAGCAGAUUCUUUCAAAUGUUUAUGAGCCCUCGCGUAAGUGUCACACCAGAUGAGAUAUUUGUUACAAAUGGCGGCGGUGUUGCUAUAGAAACAUUGGGACAAAUUCUAUGCGACGAAGGAGAGGGAGUCCUUACUCCUGCACCUUAUUACAAAGCGUUUAAAACAGAUUUAGAGCAAAGAUUUGCGACUAGAUUAUGCCCUUUUCAUUUUUCUGAUGAUUUCAAAAUAACUAUGAAAGAUUUAAAAGCAAUACACCAAAAAGUAACGGAAAGGGGGAUUAAAAUCAAAGCGUUAUUGAUAUCUCACCCUAUUAAUCCUCUUGGAAGUUUUUACACGAAAGAACAGCUAUUGAUGUUAUUGGAAUACUGCUGGUCCAGUCAAAUUCACCUAAUCUGCGAUGAAAUAUAUAUGUUAUCAGUUUAUGAUGACAAACAUAUGUCAUUCGUUAAUUUACUCGGAAUACACAACAUCCAUAAGUACCUUAAUAUUAUCCAUAUUGUUUGGAGUUUCAGCAAAACAUUUGCUUUGUCUGGAUUUCGUUGCGGUGUCAUCAUAACUUUCAAUGCAUUGGUUCAAAAGGCCUUGCUUUCAUUGUCGUAUUAUACCACUUCAUCGACUCUAACUCAAUAUGUCGUCCAAGAAAUGAUAUCCGAUCUUGAUUGGGUUAAAGUUUUGAAAUCAACCACUCAAAAUCGAUUGUUGAGAUCACGUGGUUUGGUUGUUGCGCGACUUAAUGAAAUGAACAUCCCUUAUAUUUUACCCACAAGUGGAAUGUUUAUUGUUUUUAAUAUCUCGAAAUUUCUUCGGGAAAAAACAGAAAAAGCAGAGUUGGAGCUGUUUGAUCGUUUCAUGAAACAUGGCGUGUAUGUUGUUCCUGGCACAAAUUUGGAGUUUUCUGAGCCAGGAUGGUUCAGAUUAAUAAUAUCCAACAAACUGGAAAUUAUCGAAGUUGGGAUAUCGCGAAUAAUAGACGCUUUAAAUUGCAACGAUUGAAAUUCGUUUUUGGAGUGACUUGUAUUUUUUUUUAUCUCUGUGAAUAGUAAAGUUGUUUUGCAUUAACUGUAAAUAUUAUUUUUGUGCUGGAUUCUGUGCCACGGUAUUUCUAUGUAACUUUUAGCAGAGAAAAAACUAAUUAUAUCUUUACUUUAUAUAUACCACAAAAACACAGCCGUUUUUGUAA